AUGGCUGCAGUGCACUUCCACGUACCACUGACGCUGUUCAACCAUACGCAGGAUAUUUCAGUUGUAUGUGUCAGAAGUGGAUACUGGAUACUGCUAAUCGGAAUCCCCGCUAUUUUCUGGAUUUGCUUCUCGCUUCAAAUUUGGACUUUUUCACGCUCUAAGUUGCCUCCUCGCUGGCAGGAGUCUCGAAUGUGUUCGCAGAGGGUCUACAAGAGUUUUUUUGUUUUUGUUUAGUUUUUUGUUUUUGUUUUUUUUAAAUAUAUAUAUAAAAGAGCGGCUAGAUGUAGUGGCAGCACGCAGCGGGUGAGAGUGGGGCUGUUGUGGCAAACCCCGUUGGUGCGAUGUGGCAGACGUAUUUGAAAGCAUUCAGUGCCGAGGUCAGGACUUCGGCUUCACCCAGUCGCACUUUGUAGCAAGGAAGAUCUGUGUGCAUUGUAAGUGCCGCUGGGAGGAGCAUGCAGUGACCGCCAUGCCUGUGGAAAUGGAGAAGACGGUCACCAAGCUGAUGUACGACUUCCAGAGGAACUCUACUUCAGACGAUGACUCUGGAUGUGCUCUGGAGGAGUACGCCUGGGUGCCACCAGGACUCAAACCUGAACAGGUCCACCAAUACUACAGCUCCCUCCCCGAGGACAAAGUGCCCUAUGUUAACAGCCCGGGAGAGAAAUACAGAAUCAAACAGCUCCUCCAUCAGCUACCGCCCCACGACAAUGAGGUGCGCUAUUGCAACAGUUUGGACGAUGAGGAGAAGAGGGAGCUGAAGCUCUUCAGUAACCAGCGGAAACGGGAAAACCUGGGCCGUGGCAAUGUGCGCCCUUUCCCUGUGACAAUGACGGGGGCCAUCUGUGAACAGUGCGGCGGUCAGAUAAAUGGUGGCGACAUCGCCGUGUUUGCAUCACGCGCUGGCCACGCCUUGUGUUGGCACCCGGCUUGCUUCGUGUGCAGCAUGUGCAAUGAGCUGCUGGUGGACCUCAUCUACUUUUACCAGGGCGGGAAGAUCUACUGCGGCCGGCACCACGCGGAGAGGCUGAAGCCGCGCUGCACAGCUUGUGAUGAGAUCAUCUUGGCAGACGAGUGCACUGAAGCAGAGGGCCGUCACUGGCACAUGAAGCACUUCUGCUGUUUCGAGUGCGAGACCGUGCUCGGGGGGCAGCGCUAUAUCAUGAAGGAGGGAAGACCAUACUGCUGCUCCUGCUUUGAAUCCCUCUACGCAGAGUACUGCGAUUCCUGUGGAGAACAUAUUGGCAUUGACCAAGGCCAGAUGACGUAUGAUGGGCAGCACUGGCACGCCUCCGAGGGUUGCUUUUGUUGUGCCCGCUGUAAACGCUCCCUGCUGGGCCGACCUUUCCUGCCCAAGCAGGGGCAAAUCUUCUGCUCCCGUUCUUGCAGUCUGGGCGAGGAGCCCAACGGCUCGGACUCCUCAGAUUCUGCCUUUCAAAGCGCUCGCUCCACUAGGGAGUCCAGACGCAGCUCUAAGGCAACAAAGAGUGUUGGCGGAGGGCAGACGGAGACAUUAUCAGGCGAGGUGGACCCGUUGUCUUUACAAAUGGACUUACUGAGUCUCUCCAGCCAAACCCCCAGUCUGACACGUGAGCCACCUGCCUGGCAGAACCAGAAGCGAGUCACUGAUGGUUACAAAUUUGAAUCCCAACCUGAACCGACCGCAAACCCCACCCCUCUGCAGCUCCUCAGCCAGUGCAAUGUCAGAACAUCCUGUAACCCCCCAUGCACUGGGCAGCAACAGCAGGACCAUAGGGUCAAGGAGACCGGCGGUCUAAAGAGACCACCAAUCUCUGCUCUUAAGGGUCACUCUCUGAAUGAGAUGUGGUUCCAACAGCCAUCUCCAGAUGAUUACUGUCCCCAAAGGCUAAGGACCCAGAAAAGUUUCACUGAGGUAUCUCAGCUCUCUCAGCAUAACAUCGGCUUUUCCGCAGACAAGCGCUCGAUCAGUCUGCACGGCUUCCAGAGGGACAGAGAUGCAGGUCCUCCACCUGCCACCCAGGUGGCUCGAAGCAGGAACCCCAUCAAUGCACUUAACUUCACCGAGCAACUGACCCCUCUAGAGCAGACCCCAAGAGGAUCAAUGGAGUCCUUGGCCCUAUCCAACACCAAAGGCAUCUCGGCCGAAGGGGGCGGGAAGCGACAAGAACAUCUGUCUCAUUUCUCCAUGCCUGAUCUGAGCAAAGACUCUGGAAUGAACGUCUCAGAGAAAAGCAACAUCGACACCCUGAACUCCUCAGUUCAGUUCCGGAGCUCUGACUCCCUUCACAGUGUCAAUGGUGGUCAGCCUUACAUGGAAAUAAAUCCGUCCAGGUCCUCUCAGUACCAGUUGCAGUAUUGUGAUCCCUCCAGUGUGGCGGUUGGCAGGAUCAUGACUCAUUUACCACCUGGAUUCACCUAUCAGGAGGAAGACAGGUUGAGUUUGGUGAGCAGUGCCAAUGCUGCCCGCCUGCCACCCAUAAGUGAGCGCAGAGUGAGUAGUGGUGUCGGGGGAGGCGCAAGAGGAGCAAGUGUCAGGAUUGAGGUACCGGAGGAAACUCCUCAGAGACGCAAACACCACCACCACCACCACCGCUCCAGAAGAUCCCAGCGUUCUCGCUCAGAAAACGCGCUCAACUUGGUUGCAGAGUGCAGGGUGAGACCUCACGAAAGACCACAGCUUAAUGUGAGAGAGGAUUACGAUCGCUUCCCUCCCCCAAGGAGUGCCAGGGACCAGUUUAGAGGAGGAGGGAGAUACCAACCUCAACUGUUUAGGCAGUGCCCCAGGACCACAUCAGACCUAACACUCCAGAACCCCGGGGCCGGCCGGCGUACCGGCUUGAAUCGAUACUCCUGGGAUGACUACGAUGACGACUGGUGCUCCACUUGCUCUUCUUCAUCAGAAUCAGAGGACGAAGGUUACUUCCUCGGGGAGCCGAUACCGCGACCCCUCCAGAUGCGCUACCUCAGCAAUCAGGAGCUUGUCCACAAGUACAGUACAGGGAUGGGGGGAGCCAACCGCAGUACACAGUUAACCACGCAUAAACGGCGAAAAAGCAAAAACUGCAUUAUUUCGUAACAUUUUUGCGUCUGAUACAGUUUGUAUCAACUAAUAAUCUCAUCUGGGGAGUGGGUGGACAAAGUUGAUUGAUAGUGUUGUUGAUCAAUAGUCAGUACCAAACUGCAGUCGUCGAACAGUGAAAACACAGCAGUGUUUGCAUGUCUUUGUAUUAAUCUUUUUUUUUUCUCUCAUGCAGCGCUCUAUCUCUUUUUUUAUUUUAUUUUUUUAAAAGAUGAUGUGCAAUUUUUCUUAAUGCAGGUAUUCAGUUUGGUACAGUUUAGCUUUUCAUGGUGUGAUAUUGUAGAUUAGGCCGUGCUGUUGCAUUUGGUUCAUAGUAUGUACAUAGAUAAAUGAACUAAUAAUUUCACUUAAAUUAAGGAAGUCAGUGUAAAUAGUGUUGUAAAUGAGGCCUUACAUAUUUUUAUAUUUUGUAUGGAUAGAAUCGUUUAUGUAGUAAAUAUAUAUCAUAUAGAUAUACAGUAGAUGAUGAGAACAACAGCAUAUGCAUGUGUGACUUGGCUGACCAGGUCCUGCAUUUAGAAUAAAGGGUUAUUUCAGCGAUUAAUUCGAUUGACAGAUUGUGUUCAUCUGUAGAGAGCAUGUAGUGCGUGUCUGUUCAGCAUAACACUUUCAUACAUGGUGCCUACAUGAAUAAUGGCGUGGAGUUUGAACUCGACUUGAAUUGGCAAUACUGUAUAUGCAAGAUGGCAGCUGCAUAUAUUUUAGACAUAGAUUCUGGUUUAUGGUCAUCACGGAAGAAAUGGAACGUCUGCAGACUGAUUUUGUAUUACAAUUUGCAUAGUUGGCAAACUCAGUCUUAAUAAGGAACUUUUUUGCGCCAGGUCUCCCUCUACAGUUGGAAAUGACUUUACAGCGGCUAAACAAGCCAAGCCAAUGGAUCUCCGUGCGAAACUCUAUCAAACUUCUUCUUCAAACACCUUUGUUAUAACAUCCUGUUUUGAAAUAAACAUUG